UUCCUUCAAGCAAAGCUUUGGUUGAUCAAAAAUCAAUGGAGAUCUCAUCAGCACUUCAGCAGCCUCACCAUUUCUUGACAAACCCUCUGCUCUUCCCUUAUCAGUUCAUCCCUCAGAACUAUGUCCACUGGACUCAGACUCCUGACUGCCACAUCUACUCUGCUGAUCUCCCCGGUGUGAGGAAAGAGGAGAUCAAAGUGGAGGUCGAGGACUCGAGGUACCUUGUUAUCAGGACCGAGGCCGUUGAGGAAUCAAACGAGCCCGCACGGAGCUUCACGAGGAAGUUCCGGCUCCCGACGAUGGUCGAUAUAGACGGGAUAUCGGCUGGUUAUGAGGACGGAGUCCUGACUGUUAGGGUGCCGAGAUCAAUCACCAGGAGAGGGUUCUUUAUUGAUCCUGCUGAUGUGCUUGAGGCAGGGGAAGGCCUUGCAAGGGCAGCUUGAAAGGAUUUAUUAUAUCAUAUUACUAUUAGAAUAUAUUGAUAGGUUCGAUUGAUUCGAUAUUGUUGUCUGAAAUCAGUUGGCAUGGACAAUAAGGUUUCUGUUUCUGCUUCUCAA